CUCCCUCUAGUGUGGGAAACACAAACUGUGGGACACAUAUACUGUGGGCAGCACCAGAAAAAACAUUUCUUCGAAAGUCAGAAAAAAGCUGAAGGAUGAGUCGUCGUGUGGCAGUGAUCGGAGGAGGCAGCUCGGGUCUGACCGCCAUCAAGAGCUGCCUGGACGAGGGGCUCGAACCUGUGUGCUAUGAGAGCAGCGAUGACAUCGGUGGGCUCUGGAGGUUCAAGGAGAAUCCGGAGCCGGACAGGGCCAGUAUCUACCACUCGGUCAUCAUCAACACCUCCAAGGAGAUGAUGUGUUUCAGCGACUUUCCGAUCCCUGCACACUACCCAAACUACAUGCACAACUCGCUCAUCAUGAACUACUUUCGGCUGUAUGCUGAUCACUUCCAGCUCACCAAGCACAUACGCUUCAACACCCGAGUCUUGAUGGUGAAGCAGCGAACCGACUUCUCUCACUCAGGCCAGUGGGAUGUGGAGAUAGAGACCAAGGACGGCAAAAGAGAGAAACACAUUUUUGACGCUGUGAUGAUCUGUAUUGGACAUCACUGCCACCCCAACCUGCCGCUCCAAGACUUCCCGGGCAUUGAAACUUUCGAGGGAAAGUAUUUCCACAGUCGAGACUACAAGAGUGCAGAGGAGUGGAGGAAUAAAAAGGUGGUAGUGGUUGGAAUAGGAAACUCUGGCGGAGACAUAGCAGUGGAGCUGAGCCGAGUCAGCAAACAGGUUUACCUGAGCACUCGAAGAGGAGCCUGGAUUCUGAACAGAGUUUGGGACAAUGGCAUACCCCUUGAUUUGUUCUUCAAUAGGGUGUCUACAGCUAUACAGGACAUUCUUCCCCACAGUGUUGUGUGUGGUAUUGGAGAGAGGAGGCUCAACAAAAGAUUUGAUCACAGUCUGUACAAUCUGAAGCCAAAGCACAGGUUGUGGAGCCAACAUCCCACAGUGAAUGAUGAGCUUCCCAACCGCAUCCUGUCUGGAACGGUUCAGGUGAAACCCAACAUCAGCAGAUUUCGAGGAUCCACUGUGGAGUUUGACGAUGGGAGCAUAGUGGAAGACGUUGACCUGGUGGUGUUUGCCACAGGUUACAGCUUUUCCUUUCCGUUCCUGGCCUCACUUGUGGUCUCGGUGUCUGAGAACAAAGCAUCUCUCUACAAGUUUGUGUUUCCCCCUGAGUUGGACCGUCCAACACUGGCCAUCAUUGGUCUGGUACAGCCACUGGGAGCCAUCAUGCCCAUCUCUGAGAUGCAGUGCAGAUGGGCCACACGUGUCUUUAAAGGUUGCGCCAAGCUUCCCUCAAUUGCAGCCAUGCUAAAAGAUGUCCAGUGCAAACAGGACACCAUGGCCCAAAGGUAUGUGGCCAGUCAGAGACACACCAUCCAGGUAGACUACGUCAAUUACAUGGAUGAGUUAGCAAAACAGGUUGGGGUUAAGCCAAACUUCCUAAAGAUAAUGCUGACUGAUCCCAGGCUGGCACUAAACGUGUUGCUCGGUCCGUGCUCGCCGUACCAGUAUCGUCUCAGAGGGCCAGGAAAGUGGGCCGGGGCCCGUGAGGCCAUCCUCACUCAGUGGGAGAGAGUGGUUAAGCCCAUGCAGACCAGACCUUGUGAUGAUCACAACCCCAAGAGCUCAUUCAAGUGGCUUCUGAUUCUGUCAGCUGCUGCUGUGGGCGUGGCUGCGUACAUUCAAAGGAACAGCCUUCCUGCUUUCCUACAAGAUCCCACUGCACUGCUGGACCAGAUUAAAGCGUACCUUCCUGUACAGUGAUGUGAAAUGUCAUACUGAUUCAUUUUUAGCUCGGAUCACUUUUUACACAUUUGUUCAUCCAAUUUUUGUACACAUGUUUCUUGUAAUAAUCUGGGCGGCUGUGGCUCAGGGGUCGGAGCGGUUGUCCUCUAACCAGAAGGUUGGCAGAUUGACCAGAUGCUCCUUCUCAUAGAGAGAAGUGAUGCACUGUAUGGAUCUGAAUGUGUAACUGUACUGUAAAGUGCUUUGAGUGGUCAUCAAGACUAGAGAAGCGCUUUGCCAUCUGAUUUUCUUGGCAAAGCUGUGUACUCAUAAUGCUAAUCUCUGACUCAUAUUCAAACACAGUGUAUGAACAUAUAUGUUUUUUCUGAGUUUGUCAUGGUUGAUUUCCAUAAUUAUGUUCUUGAAUGAAUUGAUCAAAAUAUAUUUUCAGAUCUUGCAUGAUAAAUUACAAAAGCUGUCACUUUUCAUCUUUUGCUAACUUUGUUCGAUUCUUUUACGCAAAUAAAUUGACAAUUUUGCCCCCGGUGACCACCUUCAGAUUUUUUGUGAUACACGUACCAAUAGUUUUUACCACACUUUUAGUGAUUUAGGAUUAUCAUAAAUCACAUUCUUUGUUAAUUCAGUUUUCACCAAGGUUCUUCGUUUUUUAAAUUACUUCGUUUAUUAAUUUGUGAGAUUAACUUUAAAAAAUGGCCAAUGACCCGUUGAUUUUAACCUUUAAUCUUUCAAUCUUUCUUUCAAGGAGAUGUACAGAGUCCACUAUGUUUUCCAUCCCCCCCCUUUCCAAGUCCUGCUGUUCCCCUCAGUCCAAUCCUUUCCCCCCUUCCCUCCACGUAUCCUUCCUGUUCGUCUCGGCGACUCUUUUUAUGUUUAAAAUCAAUCUGUUAACAUACAAAAUAAAUAAAUAAAUAUAAAACCCUG